AUGAUUGACAAUAAACAGAAUAUAGAUUUUACAAUGGGUUCCUUUGAAGAAUUUCAUUUUUGCAAACUAGUAUCAAAAUGGUGGCAUGACCUCUCAGAAGAUGAAAAAUCUGAACGGGAGAGAAAAUAUCAAAUCAAUCGAGAUCGAAAGCAAGAUUAA